CUAAAUACACCGGACGUCUAUGUUAAAUAUUGAGAUUUAAAAAAAAAAAAUAAUAAUCCGUGCUAAAUGUUUGAGAUUAGACCACGUUUUCGGGAUUUGUAAGUCUUUUUAAGUGAUCUACAAUUCGGCAUUGUUCGGUUUGAUUCCGGUUUGUCGAGCCGAGUCGUUCUCGAUCUGUAUAGUUAAAAGGCAACAUUAGUCCAAACAUCAGUUCUGGAGUAUCAGGACGAAAUUUCAAAUUUAAUAUUGUAAGUUUAUCUUUAAAUCAACAUGUCUGCUUUACAACUGUCCUGUUGGACUAAACUCCAGCUGAGUUCACAGAAUAUGAGGACACUUCUACGUAUUAUUUAUCCACACAAACACUCCAGGCAUCACAGCUCUGACGGUCAGAGAAGGAGGGUUGUUAUCACUGGCAUAGGUAUUGUGUCUCCUCUGGGGACAGGGACUGCACUGCCCUGGGGGCACCUGAUCAAGUCCCAGAGUGGGAUUGUUGCCCUUGACCCUGAGGAGUACAAUACUGUUCCCUGUAAAGUUGCUGCUCUGGUAAGCAGAGGGACUGAAGAGGGUCAAUUUAACGCAGAGAAAUUUGCUUCACGUGGAGAGAUUAACAGCAUGUCACCAGCCACGGUGAUGGCCCUCGGAGCUGCUCAGCUUGCUCUGCAGGACUCAGGGUGGUACCCCACAUCCCCAGAGGAACAGUUCAAUACAGGGGUGGCUGUCGGCAUGGGCAUGGUGUCACUAGACGAGAUAGCUUGCACCUCUGCGGCCUUCCAAGAGAAAGGCUACAGUAAAGUGAGCCCCUUCUUUGUGCCCCGCAUCCUCGUCAACAUGGCUGCCGGGCACAUAAGCAUCAAACACAAAUUAAAAGGUCCCAAUCAUGCUGUGUCCACAGCGUGCGCCACAGGAGCACAUGCCAUAGGCGAUGCUGCCAGGUUCAUUGCCCAUGGUGAUGCAGUUGCUAUGGUAACAGGCGGAACAGAAUCUUGUGUGGGGCCUCUGGCAGUUGCUGGGUUCGCAAGGGCACGUGCCCUCGCCACCAAAUGGAAUGACACACCUGCGCUGGCAUCAAGACCCUUUCACCCAGAGAGGGAGGGCUUUGUGAUGGGCGAAGGAGCCACUGUGCUCCUGCUGGAGGAGCUGGAGCACGCAGUGAGGAGAGGAGCCAGGAUCUAUGCAGAGAUCCUGGGGUACGGCCUCUCAGGGGACGCCAGUCACAUCACUGCACCUACUGCAGAUGGGGAUGGUGCCUUCAGGUGCAUGUCUGCUGCCAUCAGAGACGCUGGCGUCUCACUGGCUGAUGUAACGUACGUGAACGCUCACGCCACGUCCACGCCGCUGGGUGACGCGGCAGAAAACGCGGCCAUUAAAAGGCUCUUCAAGCAAAGCACUGAGAGCCUGGCCGUCUCCUCCACCAAAGGAGCCACGGGGCAUCUGCUUGGGGCCGCGGGGGCUCUGGAGGCAGCGUUCACAGCUAUGGCUUGCUACCAUGGGAUCCUGCCCCCAACCCUCAACCUAGACCGCACAGAGCCCGAGUUUGACCUGAACUAUGUUCCCUGCACGGCACAGCCUUGGCGGACUCAGGGCCGCAGGGUCGCCCUCACAAACUCGUUUGGAUUCGGUGGCACCAACGCUUCACUGUGUCUCAGCAGUGUGUGAGGACACGCACAGGCUAAUCCUUGACCUUUUUCUUUAUUAGAAAUCACAUCUAAUCACAUUUCUGCUAUGAUGGAGGUUCAAUGACAGAAUAUUUAUUAAUCAAGCUACUGGUUGUUUGUUCUUGAGAAUAAAACUGUGAAUCUAAA